AGACGUCAAAUGGUUUGACACACAAUUAACCUUAAAGUUGCAAAAUCUCCAACUCCUGCUGCCUCGAGAUGUUUGCUCCGAGGCAGAUUUUUCAGUGCUUAUUUAAUCAAAAAAACCUAGUCAGGUUGAGCGUGAUUUCUGUACGAAAUGCACGUUUAUUGCCUGAGAAACCCAAACCAGGUUUAGGUGUUUCCUAUCGCCGCAUCGUCCACUACCCCGAGGAAUACACAGUGGAACCUUUGAAAACAACUCAUCUGGCCGGACGAGAUCCUGUUACGGGCAAAGUGGUAGCUAAAGGUAUCGGAGGUGGUGUCAAGCAUAAAUACCACUGGAUAAAGUGGAUCCGAGAUGGGCCGACCGAGGGGCCGCCACAAGUGGAAAAGGUCAUUGACGUGCUCUUCGAUGGAUGCAGAACUGCGAAAAUCGCUUUGGUUGCGGUCGGCGAUGAGCUCAAGUACAUCCUUGCCACGGAGAACAUGAAACCUGGCGAUUUAAUCAAAACUUCGAGGGUUAUUCCACGAAUACCUGUCCGACCGAGCGAAGGAGACGCGUACCCGUUGGGUGCAUUACCGAACGGAACUAGGAUCCAUUGUCUCGAGAAGAAUCCUGGCUAUCCAUGCCACUUAAUCCAUGCGGCUGGAACCUUUGGAACGAUUUUACGACGAUUCGAUGACAAAGUCGUUGUGCAGUUGCCUUCGAAGAAAGAAUUUGCUUUCGACAAAACGUGUAUGGCUACAGUGGGUCGCGUUUCAAACAUCGAGCACGCAAAAACUCCAGUUGGUAGCCCCCAGAAGAUGAGAGAACUCGGCAAUCGUCCGCGGUCUGGUCUGUGGCACCGAAAAGAAGGAAAGCACGGACGGAAGAUUCGAAGGCUUCCGCCAAUGACGGACAUUGCUCCACCGCCAAAGCCGAAGCCGGAACCAAUUAAAUUCACUUUAAAUUUGUAAUUAGGAUAUGUUGAAUAUUGUAAAAAGUUGUCCGUAAAAUAAAAUAUCGAAAAUGGAUAAA